AUGCGAUUUUCUAAUACUUUAGGAGCGUUAGCUCUCGCGUCGAGCACCGUGGCUCAAGGUCUUACCACAUGUGAUGGAGAUGUAUGCUUCGUUAUCAGCAUCCCAACAGCUACCGCGGCGAGCGGAACUGGCGACAUUUUCAUACAGAUGAGUGCUCCUACUACAGUAGGAUGGAUUGGUAUCGGUCAAGGACCAACAAUGUUCGAUUCCAACUUGUUUAUGAUGUACUCAAACGCAGCGGGAACCAACGUCACGUUAUCCCCACGUCUCGGUGUCGGCGAGGUAGACCCAGAUCCUGCUGGCACUACUGCCGAGGUCACUCUUCUGUCCGGCUCAGGCAUCUCCGAUGGUAUCAUGACCGGAAACUUUAAGUGCUCAAACUGUGCCAGCUGGCCGGGCGGAUCUAUGAACUUCAAUGAUCCCGCCUCAAAAUGGAUCUACGCCUGGGACACUUCAGCACCCGUUGCGUCUGACAGCCUGACUAUCCGCUGCGCCGAGCACAGCAACUACGGUGAGCCAACCUGGGAUCUCACAAUGGCUGCUGGUGGCGACGGUCAGAACCCGUUCACCACAUCUGCGGCUGCAGUCCUCGCCAGCGGCGCCACCCCAGCCGGUAGCAUCGAAGCCGAGGAAUCUAAGCCCUCACACUUCAACGCCGUCCUCAGGGCCCACGCCAUCAUCGGCGCCAUCGCCUUCGCCAUCAUGUACCCCCUGGGCGCCAUCGCCAUCCGCAUCCUCAGCAUCAAGGGCCUCCUCUGGAUCCACGCCGGCUGGAUGAUCUUCACCUACGCGCUGGCGAUCUCCUGCAUGGGCAUGGGCAUCUGGCUGGCCGUCACCGACGGCUACAUGAGCGAGAACCACUCCAGAAUCGGCAUAGUCGUCGUCUGCGGGCUGGUCAUCCAGCCCUUCACGGGUUUCAUCCACCACAAGCUCUACAAGUCCUCCGGCUCUCCCAACACCGCGACGUACCCCCACGUGUGGUUCGGUCGGGCGCUCAUCUUCUUGGGUGUGAUCAACGGCGGCCUCGGGCUGAAACUGGCGGGCGCUGACAAGGGUGAGAAGAUUGCCUACGGCGCCAUUGCCGGUGUCAUGUACGUAGCGUGGAUCGCGGUCAUCGCCUGGGCUUUCAUCCGGAGCAGAGACCGGAAGGAGGGAGAGACUGGUGAGGGCGUGUUCCCAACCAGGGAUCAGAGCGAGGAGAUGCAGGGAAUAUCCCACCUGAAAGAUGCCAACCAAUCGACCUCGUCUUAG